UGAACACUCACAUACUCGGCUCGGCUCGGCUCGGUUCGUUUGCAGCCCUACUCACCAGUCCCACCAAUCCUUUAAUUUCCUCUCCCUCACGGACUGGCAUUUCGCAAAAAGAUCAAAUAAAUAUCCUACUCUUCUACCGACUACUUCUCCAUUUCCUCUCAUGGCUUUAGCUCCACUUUCCCUUCUCCUCCUUUCUUUUCUCAUCCUCUGCCCUCUAACCUCCGCCACUCCCACCACCCACAACUCAACCAACCAUCAACUGACCAUCUGCAAUGCCACUCCCUUCCCAGAACUCUGCCUCGACUCCCUCAAACUCUCUAUCUCCAUUUCCAUCAACCCCUCCAUCCUCUCCAUCGCCCUCAGAUCCCUCGAAUCAGCAGUCACCGCUCUUUCAAAUACCUCACCACUUCUAAGCUAUCCUUCUAUCGUCGAAGCACAUCGCGGUGCUCUCCAAGACUGCCGCGAGCUCCAGUCCUCAACCCUCUCCUCCCUCCGCCGCUCCUCCUCCCUUCUCAGCUCCUCGACUGCAAGCAAGGCCGUCGCCGAUGCUCGGGCUCAUCUGAGCGCCGCCUUAACCAACAAAGACACCUGUCUCGAAGGCCUCUCCGGCGCUCGGGGCCCGCAGGUACCGGCACUGAUCAAUGCAUUGACCAACUCGUACCGCUACGUCAGCAAUUCCCUUUCCCUCGUAUCCUGUUCAGGCGGAGACCGGCGUCGAGGCCGGAGGCUGGAGGCACGGCCUUCGCCAGGGUGGCUACGUCCUCGCAAAAAGUUGUUGUUGGAUAGCGGAGAUUAUAGCGGCUAUGAUACGGCGUCGGUAUUGACGGUGGCGGCCGACGGGAGCGGGAACUUCAGCACGGUGGGGGAAGCGGUGGCGUUCGCGCCGAAUAACAGCGCCGACGCCACGAUUAUUGUCGUUCGAUCGGGAGUUUACGAGGAGAAUGUUCAGAUUCCAAGCUAUAAAACGAACAUUGCGUUGUUGGGCGAGGGCAGCGACGUGACGUUUAUUAAAGGCAACCGGAGCGUCGGCGAUGGAUGGACUACAUUUCGGUCUGCGACUGUCGCCGUCUCCGGACAAGGCUUCUUGGCCCGUGACUUGACCUUCCAGAACACAGCCGGUCCAGCGAAAGGCCAAGCCGUCGCCCUGCGCAUCAACGCCGACUUCUCCGCCGUCUACCUCUGCACCAUCGACGGCUAUCAGGACACUCUCUACGUACACUCCUUCCGUCAAUUCUACCGCGAAUGCAACGUCUCCGGCACCGUCGACUUCAUCUUCGGCAACGCCGCGGUCGUCUUCCAAGGCAGCAACCUCAUCGCCAAGAAGCCCAUGCCCACCCAAACCAACGUCAUCACCGCGCAGUCCCGUGACGACCCCAACGAAAACACCGGCAUCUCGAUACAGAACUGCUCCGUGUUGGCUUCGGACGAUCUCGCGUCGGAUAAGGGUGGGACUAAGACCUAUCUGGGAAGACCGUGGCGGCUGUAUUCGACGGCGGUGUACAUUGAAUCGUACAUAGAUGACAUUGUCGAUCCGGCCGGGUGGACAAAAUGGUCGCCGGAUUGGGGUGACGAGGGGUUGGAUACGUUGUAUUACGGAGAGUAUAUGAACUCCGGGCCGGGAGCGGCGACUGAUAAUAGAGUUACUUGGCCUGGGUUUCAUGUGAUGGAGUAUGACGACGCGUAUAAUUUUACGGUUUCGGAAUUUAUAUACGGAGAUACGUGGUUGGAUUUCGAUUCAGUUCCUUAUGAUGAUGGGAUUUGACGGAGCAAUGCGGAGAAUGAAUUGUAGGCUGCCGUAAUGGUUAUUUUUGUGCUUUGUUGCUUCUUAUGAUGAAAGGAUUUCAAGGCUUUUGGGCCUCAGCGGUCAUGUCUGGAUAAGUGUAUUAUAAUUUAUAACUAGCAAAAUGUUGAUCUUUGAGUUCUGAUAUUGUAGAUAAAGUUUGCUUUAUAAUAUGAGUGGCAGGCAUGUAAUAUUGAUAUGUUGGGUGUUAAAUAUGUAAAUAACAUGACAUAAAGUGGUAUGUAUGUAAAUUUCUCUU